AUGGUGGAACGCUUCGGAAUGCAAGAAGAUACCGGACGGCCUUCGAGCAGCCUAGGAUUUAUCAUUGAAUCUCUGGCAACGAACAUCCACGAAGUCACCUACAAUCCAGAUAACGGUCUAGAUGUGUACAAUCUGUCGCUGAAGUUUGAACGAUGCUUCGAUUCGGAGGUGGUGAAAUUCAAGAUUCUGAGCGAGGACUACAGCAAGGUUGUGUUUUUGCAAGUGGAUCGAUUUGUGGAGUUUCAUGCUGCACACGGUAGGCACUACAGCAUUCCGAGGUUUGGAAAAGAUUUGGAUUACCCCAAGCCGUCGUGUGAUUUGUUCCUGUUGGGGGCGUCGUCGGAGAUUUAUCGCCUGAAUACCGAGAGGGGAACGGUGAAGGCUAGCACUUUGCUGUCGGAUGAUCGAUUUAGGAACAUGUCGGAUGACUACGUGGUAGACAAAACGGCCUUCGAGUAUCGGUUACUGAAUCCGGUGCUGACCCGUUUUGAUAAGUCACGGUCACAAAAGUUGAAGGCUGGAGAGGAAUUCGAGGAAUGUGGCAGUACGGAUGAGGAUUUGUUUAGUGAAAAGGACGAAAGCUCCGACGACGAUCAGGGUUGGACGAAGCAGGUUAAGAAGGAGUUUAGGAAGAUCACUUGGGAUCAGAAUCGAGAGCUACGGAUGGAAGUGGAUCAGAAAGAGGAGCAGGAUGAUGACGAUGAUGAUGAAGGUCCGUCGAUAGCGGUGCAUGAGAAGACGGAUUUCAACAUUAGCCACACAAGCCGGAAGAUUAGCAAGGCCGGACUGGGUAAACGGUUAGCUGCCGGCAAACCGAUGGAGACGAUUGGAGGGCUGGAAAAUCGUCAGAUGACGUUCAGCACCGAGAGAAAAAAAAACAGCGGAUACGAUAAGAAACGGCAGGCGGAGUUGAGGAAGCAUCGAGAAGAGCGGAAGAAGGUGAUACGGCCAACUACCAAUUUUAAGAGAAUGUCUAAAAAAUGA